AUGCCUCUCAGCAGAUUCAUUCAGAGGGAAGAGUUACACCCCGCUUUCGACUACGCAGCGUGUGGGCCGUUUUCGAUGGACACAAUUCUGCUGCGGUCAGCUCCUACCUCGAAGCCGCCCUGCACUUACGUCUUCGACGCCGCUUGUGUGAGGUGGACUCUGAAGCCCAGGCGACUGACGCAGCCGAGGCCGCCACGCUCCGCCGGGCCCGGAGUCUCGCCCUCGGGGGAGAACGCCACUGCGGUGGAUGGCCUAGGCGCGCUGCAGGCGGCCGCGGCUGCGGCGGCCUGGGAUGCAGGCUCAACAGCUGUCGUAGCAGUCGCUGAGUGGGACGGCUCGCGCGCCACCGUGUGCCCCAGCGUCGGUUCCGGAGCGGUAGCUGCGGCGGACGCGGCUUCCUCCCCAGCGCAGAUGAAGCAUGUGGCUGCUGAUGAUACUAGGCAAGAAGCAGUCCGGCAUGAAGAGAGUUCCCCUGCCGCCACGGAUGACAGCAGCACGGACGUGGCUGGAGGUGAGGGCGGGAAGAGCGGCGGAAGCGUUGCGGGUACGGGCAGCGCUGCUAAGGAGCGUCGGGUGGAUAGGGCAACAGGGGCACGCAAAAGCGGCGGCGGCGGCGGCAGGCAGCUUGUGGCGCGUGUGCUUACGACCAGUCAUGACCUGCGGAAUGUGGAGGAGGUGCGGCGGGUGGCAGCUGCGGGCGGCAGAGUGGACGGGCCCAGCAGGCCAGGGGCCACCCCGCGUUUAAUGGGGGACCUGGAGGUAUCCCGGGCCUUUGGUGACCUGCAGUACCGCCAGUACGGCCUCAGUACGGAGCCUGACAUCGCCGGGCCCUGGCGCAUAGGCGACGAAGAUAUGGACGACUGCGGCUGUGGCAGCACUGCCGCGAGCUUUGACAGGAACGGAGCAGAUUGCCGGACAGACACCACUGUAGCUACAAAGCAGAGCGAUGUCGCUGAUCAAGUCAAGGGGGGUGAAUCGGAGUCAUGGUUCGUCCGACGCCAGGCUGGCGGCAAUGGCGCUGCUAGGCAGCUGGCGCCGCAUCUGCUGCUGGCGUCUGAUGGCAUUUUAGAGACAAUGUCGCCACAGGACGUGUGUGAACACCUGGCGGCACAGCUUACAGGCUCAAGGGAGCCGCCACUCACGCCGGCCCCUCCACCAGCAAUUGCCCUUGGUCCCGUGGAUCCAGAGAUCCGCCCCUCGGAGAUAAACCCCCCGCAAGCCCCUAGCAACGACUCCUCCAGCCAAGCGGGAACAAGCCAGGACGCGGGCAUGGCAACUCGCAUGGCGCGCUCGUCAGAAUCAGCUUCACAAAGUGAUGCCGCAGCCUCCGGUGUCUGGACGGCCGGCCUGCCAGGGUGUUGUGACUGCGACCUUAGCGCGGCGUCAGUACAGGCUUCAGAGCUUGAUGAUGGUGCCGAAGUUGAGGGGCCGUGUGCUGCGCAGGCUUUACGCCGCCCGUCCUACUUGGACAGACGUACCGUGCAAGACGCUGCCACACGACUCGUGCAAGAGGCAUUCAACAGAGGUUCCAUGGACAACGUAGCAGCUGUCGUAAUACAGUCGUGCGCGUCGGCUAGCUAUUUAGUUGCCCACGCCAAUUGUGACGGCUUUGAUAAUUGGUUUGGUGCACCUCCUCGUCAAUUGGGCAAGUCCACAGACGCCGCCCGGACUUGCAAACGGCCACAAGAGCCUUACUCACUCAUGGACCUGUCACCAUCAGCCCUCCCACUUCUCCCCUGCCUAGACACGUACUUUACUCGGACCAAGAUGAACUCGGUGAUGCGGAAAGGGCUCCCGCAGCAGCAGCCCGCACGACGCCAAAUCCUCCAGAUACCGCAACUCUGCCAGUAUCGGGCGGGGCAAUUCCUUGGUAAGCAUGGAGCGCCAGGCGACAUUGGAUCCCACAUGCACCCCAGGUCGCCGCAUGAGGCCCUGCCCUCGACGGCAGUGACAGCGACAACAAACGUACCGACUGCGACGAUAUCCUCGACGGAUCGGUUGGCAGUGGCGGUCCAGCAGCGCUGCAGGGCUAUUACCCCAGCGCGACGCCCGCCAGCCGCCCCGGAGGGCUCCCGCGGCUUUCCCUCCAGGGGCCCUCAAACGAGCACCGCAGAGCCGAGUGCCACCGCAGCUGGCUGGGUGCUGUUAAGGGCAAUCCAAGAUGCUUGGUCUUCUCAUCGACGUCGGUUACUCGGGCGGCUGUGUGCUUUAUUAUUGAGAUUAGUUGGACCUUUUCGCCGGGGACCUUGCAGCGGGGCCGCCUCGCAGCAGUCGCCAGAGGGAGCGUUGAGUGACUCGGCGGUCCCCCGUGGGGAGGUGCCUGCGCCAUAUUACGCUGGGCCGGCAGGAGAGGCCGGUGGCGGCGCUGGGGCCGUCAUUGCACUGGUGUGCCCGCAUGAACCGCGCGCCAGCCUUCCAGCCACACAGCUUAGCAGCGGCUCUCUUGCUGUUGCUGUUGCUGUUGCUAGCGCUGCGAAAGUCAAGCCAAUUUCCAGUGACGUUUGUGGGGCUCCAAAUGCGCGCCCGGGUACAAAGCGCGGCGCUGAUGUUGAUGCUUGGGAUGACGUGGUGGUAAUUGGAGACGACGAGGUGGAACUCAUGCAAGUUUCAUACGGUUACGUGCUCGCGGAGCGGAUUGGUGCCGUACCGUCUGUACGGAGCCAUCUACAUGUAUCGUCUCUCCCGGGUGGCGAGGCGCUGCAGCCCUGGAGGCUGAGUGACUUCGACGGUGCGGCCACCUUCAUCAUGCCCGGCGUCAGCGGCGUCGGUGGCACCGGCUGGUUGCUGGAUUGCCUGCAAAUGUACUGCUCGAGGCCGUACGAUGCGCCAGGAGUGGGAACAGCUAUCGUGCCUGACGCCGGUGUCCAGCUUCCGACCAGUGACUGUGAAAUGAACGACGACGUAGGCGUUACAGGCUGCAGCAGCAGUAGCUCGCACGCCCUAAUGUCUUUCAGCAGCACGCAGUCGUUGCUGCUGGAAAUCGCUGCAGUACCCCUGCAACUGGCCCUGUUUGGCGACAGCAAUGAGGGCGGAGAACACGUUGCGGCGGAUGCACCCGGUGGCAUCGCCAGCGCCGGUGGCCACUCCGGCCCUGUACCUCCAACCCGCUACAUGAUUGGCGGUGGGGAUCAUGGGGGCCGGUAUGAUGACGUCGCCCCUGCCCGUAACUUGCUUCCCGACGCAUUUAGCAACAUGGAGAAGGUACCAGUUGUAGGCCAUGAUGCUGACACCCGCUUUGCGGAUGACAGAGAAGUCAUCGCGGGCCGUGAAACCGUUACUGCAUGGGACCAGAUUCCAGAACAGUGGACAAUCCCGCCGCCCGGCGGCAUAGAGCCUGGCGAUCGUUCCCAUGAUAUGGACCCGAUGGCAGGCCUGUUGGAAGAAACACCACAGCUGAGCUUCUCACCACUCGACCCAUGGGUCGGUCCUGCCAAUUUCUUGGGCACCCCCGGGCGAACUGGGCGGGUGUUGCUGCACUCGGAAGAUGGUGAUGCAUCCCCGCAUAGCUUUGGGGCCCAUGGAGAUGAUACCAAUGUGGCCGGUGGCGGCGGCCCCAGCAGCGUUGAUGGCGCGGAAGACGGCCAUUCGGUUGCACUCGUGACGUCUGCUGUGGCGGCCCCGGCCACUGAUCACCAUGCCGUCGCCGCCGGCGAGGCGCCCCAGCUGCGCUUCCAGCCGCGAGCCCACGGGGUACGCCUGGCUGAUGGCGCGCUGCACCUCGUUACGGACGAGUCCGCCGCGGCCGUGGCCCCAUCUACGACCGCCGUCGCAAGCGGCGCCGACGGCCGGUCAGGCGGCGACUUCAACAACGACGGCAGGGGACCCGAGGCUCGGGCACACGCCUAUAGACUGAGGGAGAAGUUUGGCCAAGGCCACUUUGGCGAGGUGGAGUUUUUGGAAUCCUUCGAGGUGGUUUCGGAGGAGGACGCGGAUGCGACCACUGCCACGCCACUUGACCUAGGUAGCGCAGCGGGCGGGUGUAACAGCGGUGAUGACGACAGUGGGGAGCCAGCUGCGGAUUGCGACAAGCACGGCAGCGGCGGCGGCGGGCCGACUGACCAGACGCCGCCGCCGCCGGACCUCUGGCUUGUCUUUCAGAACGCCGGCCGAUCGCUGCAUGACCUGAUCUACAGUCCCGCUGCCGGGCCUGCCUUUCAAGUUCUUGGGCCUAGCCCCUGGUGGCAAGCCAUGAGGCGUCAUCCGCGGGGCAAUGAGUUUGUUCGGCAGCUGCUGCGGCAGCUGCUGCUGGGGCUUCAGGUAUUGCACGAGGCCAACAUUACCCACCGCGACGUCAAGCCUGAGAACAUGAUGCUGACGCGUGUGACCCACGGGUCAUCGCCAUUACCCCGGGCUAGGUGGCCGCAUGCAGGCACCGCAGCAGCAGCCGGCAGCGAUGACUCGGCGGCAUCUGCGGCCACUGCGUCUGCUGGCGCAGCAGCGAGCGCGGACUGCGCGCCGCGGGCGUCGCAUGACAUCAUUCAUGACGGCCCAACCACCAACCGCCAUCACCAACCGCCCAGAACCCAAGCCGGACACGGAACGGAACGGAGAAGAGCGCCGUCGUUAACCGGCCGGCAAUGGCUUGGCGCCGCGACUCUUGGAGGUCCGUCCGUGAGCGACGAGAGUAAAGAUGUGGGUGCGCAAGGCGCUGGUGCCAGCAGAGGCAGUGCGGGGCCUGCGGGGCCUGCAGACGGUGGCGGCGGCGACGAUGAAGCUGUAACGCCGGUCUGGCUGCGGCUCAUCGACUUUGGCUCCGCGGUCGAUGAAUACAGCUUGCAGCACCUGUACGGUAGCCCUUUUUGGCAGCACGAGCUGUCGCACGCUUUUCGUAUCUUUGGGGCAGCGAGUCGCAAGGACUUGCCCGCCACAUGCAAGCAGGAAAACCCGCCAUCGCCUGGCGUACCCUGCAGCUGUAGGGUUUGGCAGCUUCCCUCAGCCACACGAGCGCUCCUGGAGGCACGUUUGGCGCUGCGCAGCCGGCCUGAGAGCGAGCGGCAGCUUAUGUUCCUCCUGCGAGGGCUAAUGGAGUGGUGCAUCUAUCCGCCGCAGGCCCCUUCCACGCCGUCCGGCCCACCCCUGCGCGGUCGCAAGUCCCGGCCGCUGAUGAGCUGGAGCUGCACUGAGGACGCCAUGCUGUCCCUGGCCAAGAGCAGAGACCCCACCGGCGCUCCGUCAUGCGUACUUCACGGUGAAGCCCGGCGCUUGGGCGCUUCACGUAUGCGGCGAAGUGGCGACUGGGGAUUCGGGGUGGUGCUAAAGCUGUGCUGA